GUUGCUCAAUUUGCAUAAUCUUCGCCAGAGAAUCCUUGUCGUGUGGAGCGAAGAUUAAGAACCUGCUUAUGCACACAGCGUGCCGUUGAAAAAAAAAGUUCCAUGCGCAGUGUUGGCCUACCCAUCCUUUGGCGCCAUCGAAAACGUACCUCUAUUUUAUAAAUAAUAAUACAUCGUCGCUCAUUUUAUUAUUGUAUGUUUUGAGUGUUGUUUUAUGUUUAUCCGGUUCGGAUUUCUUGUUAAUGUGAACAAACAAAAACAAAGGAAAGUGGAUUAUGUUUGCGAGAAUCGGGAAGUGGUUUUGAGAUUUGAAGGAUUUUGGACCAAGGGUGCUUCAACAUGAACGAGAUGCCGGAAGCUUUGAAUUUCGCAGGGAAUGGGCGGACAGGACUUCACUCCACGCAAUCUGAUAUUUUGACUAUGGAACUUCAUAAAAUAAAGCUAGAACCAGAUAUACAUCAAAGCUAUCCACUCCCAGCUAUGUCUUCUUCCCUAGCACUUCAAACACAUGCAAUCGUCCAGAGUACCAGUUACAGUACUCUCCAAAUGUCGCCAAACGACCCAAUGACCAGGACACCCAAUACUCCUGCGCAUCAACCCAUCGAACAACCAGAAGAACAAUCAAGGGCACCAAGUACCAACUCCAGCCAGUCCCCACAGCCAUCUCAACCAUCCUCUUCGACAACUACCUCCACCGCAAACAACCAAGGCAAACCACCCUUCUCCUAUGUAGCUCUCAUAACCAUGGCCAUCCAAUCCUCGCACAACAAAAAAGCAACCCUUUCAGAAAUCUAUGCGUACAUCACCUCAAACUUCCCCUACUUUGAACGCAACAAGAAAGGCUGGCAAAACUCAAUACGACACAAUUUGAGUCUGAACGAGUGCUUCAUAAAGGUACCAAGGGAAGGUGGAGGUGAAAGGAAGGGUAACUAUUGGACUCUGGAUCCCCAGUGCGAAGACAUGUUCGAGAAUGGUAACUUCAGAAGGAGGAGGCGAAUGAAGAGGCCGUAUCGUACUCCUCAUCCUUAUCCCAAGCCGUUCUUUGGUGAUGCCAUAGGGCAGCACGGUCUUCCUCUGACCAGGAACAUCUUCACUUCUCCCACUUAUCCAACGUACACCCGGUAUGACCCAGCAGCUUGGUUGGGGCAAACCCAAUUGGCAACGUAUACCGGCUGUAACACCAGCUACCCUCAACAAGGGUAUCCUUCUCCUGCAGCCUUUAGUCCUUGUAGCGUUAGGCAAGAAGCUACUCCAAGAUAUGCCACUUACUGGCCACCAGAGAGUGAAUACCCUCCAAAUCCUCAUAGCUCACCUCCCACAGACUCUCAACUUCUGUUACAAUGGUGACCAAGCAAGUCCCCCUUUGGAUGAAUUACCUGGAAGGAAGUUCAAAGAACAUUUCAAAUUCCAGUAAUUCAUAUGGAUUUGAUUGAUUUGACGUGUUUGUGAUGGGGUAGACGGAUUUAAGUUUAUUAUGUGAUAUAGAAAUAUAUUCAUUUCAGAAAUAUUGUUGAACGAAAUCGAAAAUCAUUUUGAUUUGUGUAAGGUGACAGAGCGUUCAAAGACUAUAUCGUAAAUGUUUCAGAUAAGCUUCUCUUAAAAACAUAUUUUUUUUAACUCGGAUUAUUCUCUACUGUUCAUGUUUUUAUGUUAUGAUAUAUUUUGUUUCAACCUUGAACCAGUGUAAAGAUCUUUUUGAUUUUCAUUCCGUCCGUGGUUAAUGAGAGCCUUGUUGUAAGGUCCUUGUCUAUAUGUAUUUAUAUGUAUGUAAUAUAUUAUGAAAUAUAUGAUUUUAUCGAA